CUCUUGCCAAUUACUAAAACCUCCGAGUUGCUUCCAGCCGAGGGUUGAGAGGGCGAACGGACGACCACCGCCAUCUUCAUCUAUCUCUGUUGGAACUUGUUAUCGUUUCUUCUUGACUUUACUUCAGAUACUACAUUUAGAUUAGAACAAUGGCGAUCGUUAAGGCUGGAAAAGUAGUAAUAGUCCUUGCAGGACGUCAUGCCGGAAAGAAGGCUGUCGUUGUCAAGACCUUUGAUGAAGGAAACAGUGAGAAGCGCUUCUCUCACUGCCUCGUCGCUGGAUUGGCCAAGACCCCACGUAAGGUCACCCGAGCCAUGGACAAGAAAAAGGUCGAAAAGCGAUCCAAGACCUUGAAGCCCUUUGUCAAAUACAUCAAUGUCCGUCACGUCUUCCCAACACGAUAUGUUGUCGAUCUGGAUUUGAAGAAGGCUGUUGACGAGGAAGAUCUUGUUGAUCCUGAACGAAAAGUGGAUGUCAAGAAGAAUUUGAAGAAACUCUUCCUGGAACGCUACAUGAACCAAAAGGACGUCACCAGUGAAAAGAAAGCCCAAGGAAGCAGUUACUUCUUCCAAAAGCUGCGAUUCUAAACAAUCCACAGUUUGCUUCCUCCAAUCUUCAGUACUUUUUCUAAUAAUAAGGAAUUCAACUUCCACCCUCCUAAUGAUGCAUUGUCUAUGCAACGCUGGCAAUUGGCUUUCU